UUCGAUUGUUUAUUAAAAUAAAUAUGAAAUCUUCUAAAAUAAAAAAGAAAUGAAUUGUGAAAAAAAUGAGUUUAAGGCAGAUUCUUUAGAAACAAUAAGCUAUAUAUAUAAUUGUUCGACUAAAGCUUCUUCUCCCUAUUAAACUGAAUCUGAUGACAAUCAUAAUUCUUAAAAUGAUUCUAAAAAAUUAAAUUUUAAUUAAAGCUUGUAAUAAAACAAAAAUUCAAAUAAUUAAUUUUUAAUUGCAGUAAAACCUAAAAAAUUAGUAUUUUCUUCAACAGUAGAAAAAAAAAAAUUUAUUGACUAAUAUACUCAAAAACUAAAAACAGAACUAUGUAAAAAUUGGGUUACUAUUGGAUAUUGUUAAUUCGAAGAUAAAGUAAAUAUUAAAUAUAUAAUUAAAGUAAUUUUAUAUUAAAAAAUAUAGUGUUCAUUUGCUCAUGGAAAAGAAUAACUUUAAGAGAAAAUUCAUUUGCAUUAAAAUUAUAAAUCUUAACCUUGCAAAAAGUUUUUUAUUUAUGGAAUGUGUUAGUAUGGUAAUAGAUGCUAAUAUAUACAUUCUACUGAACAAUUAAUAAAUAAAGGACAUUUUGAUUUUAUGA